CCAUUGAAAAUAUGAUCCAAAGAAAAGAAAAGAAAAUAGGUUUUGUUUUAAUGAAGGAAAAAUUAUAUAUAGAGAGAAAAAAUAGUAAUGAGAUGUAAAAAAUAACCAUCAAAAUCCGGUUCGAACAAAUCUAUAAUAUAUAAUUGAUCUUAAAUAAAAACAAUCAAAAUUUAUUGAGUAAUGAUCACUUUUCAAAUUUGAAAGGUGAUAAACACUUUAUAUUUAAACUGAUGAACUAAGAUUUAAUGUAAACAGAAGGUGUAUUAUCCAAAUACUGCCGCAAUAUUGGAGAUCAAUCUGACAUGAAAAAUCGCGAUCGGGACAGAUCUACACUGAAAUUACAUAUGAAUUAAUAAAAUGGUGUAACAUGGAUAAUGGAAGGUUGGCGAGCCUUUAGGAGUAAAUAAGUGUUGGAAACUAUUAUUCAAAUUUAAUGAAACGGAAGCUUUAUUCCUUUAUUAACGCGGUACACUCAAUUCUAUCAUAAAGCGAUAAAAAUGAUGAACCAGGUUGAGUACAUGAGGGGAUUUGGUGGAGAAGUAGAGCGGGCUGAGUUGAAUUUUGGAAGAAAGAAGAACAUUGCGGUUACACCGUACAAGGGAUAUGUUUAUAUCCACAUAGGCAGUUUAACAAGUAGCAGAAGCAUAACUCUUGGGACUGAUGAGUUUAAAGAGCUAUGCAAUCUGAAGCCAGUUCUUUUAAAAGCUGAGGCAGAAAUAAAAAAACAGCUGCAAAAACCUAGCAGGAAAAAGAAGGUUAUAGUUGUUGAAGAGGAAGAAGAAGAAGAAGAAGAAGAAGAAGAAGAAGAAGAAGAAGAAGAAGAAGAAGAAGUAGAAGAAGAAGAAGUAAAAAAAGUUACUUUGAAAAGAAAGAGAAAGGUGAUUGCUAUCAGCGAUAGCGAUGAGGAGGCGGGAGUGUCAGAGUCGGACGUCAGAAAGGUGAUUGUUGCAGCAGAAUCUGGCCCGUUCAAGGGGCUAAAGAAGAAAAAGAAAACAGCUGGAGCUGGAUUCAUACUUUCUGAAGCAGUUGAAGAUGGCGAGUGAAGAUAACACCACCAAUCAGAACAGAAAAAGGACAAUGGGAGAAGAAGUAGAAAAAAAGACACUGAGUGAAAAACGAAAGCGGUCAGCUCCACCUUCAUUAAGAACUUUAUCUGUUGCAUGUAUUUAUAAUAAAUUAACAACAAAAUGUGAUAUUCAAAUGAGAGAUUUUUUUUGUAAAAUUCCCUCACCAAUUUUAAUUAUUUUUAUGGAUUAUGCAGACUUUCAAUUUGUUUUAAAUCCUGGAUUUGCCGAAUUAGAUGUGUUUAAUGCUGCCGAGGAAAUUUUUGAUCAAAGAUAUCAAUUAAAUAAAAUGAUAAGGGAAUGCAGCCAUUUCACAUCUGAAGAGAUAUUCAUUCAUUUAAAGAACGUCCCAGGGUCUGUUUUAAAUUCACUCGGACUUUCGUUCAAUAGGGAGAACUUUUCCGAUAUUUUAAGGAAAAUAUUAAACAUGCGAUUUUCACGUGUUUAAUUUACCAAAGAAUAUGUCUCAUAUAUUUUAAUCUAAAAUUUAAGAAAUUUAUUUGUAAUAUUUUCAUCGUGUUUGAAGGUCUUUUUCCCCAUUGCACAAUGUAUUUCACUGGUGCGUUUGAAGGUGUAAUUCCCCAUUUUCAUAAUUGUGUUUAAUUUACCAAAGAAUAUGUCUCUUAUAUUUUAAUCUAAAAUUUAUUUGUAAUAUUUUCAUCGUGUUUGAAGGUGUUAUUCCCCAUUGUCCAAUGUAUUUCACUGGUGUGUUUGAAGGUGUUAUUCCCCAUUUGAAGGUGUUUUUCCCCAUUGACAUAAUGUUUGAAGGUGUUAUUCCCCAUUGUUCUAAUGUUUGAAGGUGCUAUUCCCCAUUGUUCUAAUGUUCGAAGGUGUUAUUUCACAUUGUCCUAUGUUUGAAGGUGUUAUUCCCCAUUGUCCUAUUGCCUUAAUGUUUGAAGGUGUUAUUCCCCAUUGUCCUAUUGUCAUUAUGUUUGAAGUUUGUUUGAAGGUCCAUUUGGGUUUUAAAGUUAUGUAUUUUCAUUGGGGUUUUUAAGUUAAAGUCGCCAUUUUACCAUGCUACUCCCCAUUGCCCUAUGUAUUUCACUUCCCCAGGUUGAUAGCAAACGGAUAAAACUUAAAUAUGUUGAUAUAUUUUAUUAUAAAAUCAUAUAUUUAUUUACAUGAAAUAAAAUAUUAUAUAAUUAU